UGAGGAGAAACAUCUGUGGAGGGGGGAGAGGAACGAGGAGGUCAUGGAUCCAUAGUGGCUGAAAUCACCAAGCAUCAGAUGCUUGUGAUGGGGUUGGUUAAAAGUCCGGGUAGCAUUUAUAAAUCAUAAAGCAGUUAAUAAUCUAUUAAAUCAUUUAGUUGCUGUAGAAAACCAAAGGCAACGUCUUUACAGUUAAUUAUACAGAUGUGUUUGUUUUUGAUCUAAAAACAAACAAGCUGUUUUGAAUGUGGCUUAUGUUGAUUUAUAGCUAAGAUGUUCAAAUAUUAUUAGAAACUUGAAAUCAAACCACAAAUAGUGAAUAAACCUAUAAGGCACAGUGGCUCAGAGGAAGGUUCUCUUUAAACCCAGUCAACUAGAAUCAAUUUGACCCAAGUCAUGUUUGCUUUGGGCUCCUCCGUCCAGUCCUGCGAGGCUGCGUUUGAACAGGACAGAAAUCAGAGGAAGAAAAUGAUGAAAGGUGUCAAAAUGAGGAUAAUUCAAACACAACGGAGACCAAGCAACUGAGAAACAACAAUGGUGUCGGGUUGAUGAGAACAUGGCGGUUCCCAACACCUAUGGGCUGAUCUUUGCCUGUGUCUGUGGAGUGAUCAUGGGUAUCGGUCUCUGUGCCAACCUGCUGGUUUUCUCCUUGUUUGCCAAGAACAACACGUUACGUAAGAAUCGUCUGGACAUCCUCCUGCUCAGCAUGACUCUAGCAGACUUCCUGACCCUUCUGCUCAUUCCCCUCACCCUCCACUCAGCUGUCAGCCACUCCUGGCCUCUGGGUGAGACCUCAUGUAAGGUCUAUCAGUUCCUGCUGGCGUUCAGCCUGGCAGCCAGCACAUACUCGCUCUGUGCCGUGUCUAUGACCCGCGCCAUGAUCAUCACCAACCCUUACCAGCCACCCACCAUGGAUCUGGUCAUCCUCUUGUUUGUUUUGGUCUGGGCUUUGAGUUUCUUCAUCAGCCUGCCUCUGAGAAUGUUUGCCACCAAGGAAAGUCUGAACCCAGGCCUGGCAAACUUCAGUUUCUGCCUUCCAACCAUUCAUGAGCACCACUACCAAGUGGUCCUCAGCCAGUUUGUACUUUACUACUUUGUUCCAAUGCUCGUCAUCACCUUCAACUAUGUCCGCCUGGCGCUUUUUCUCCACAAGAGUCCUGUAAUGUCAAUGUCCAGUGCCAGGAACACUCGCAGAGCGUCUGUCAUGGUGUUUUUGGCUGCUGCCACCUUCUCGGUGUGCUGGCUGCCUGGUUAUGUGUUGGAGCUGUGUGUGUACCUGGGGCAGUAUCGGCACGGACAGGCCUGGGACACGUUCUACUUCAUAUGCACUGUGCUGCAGUACGUUCACCCCAGCAUCAACCCGGUGGUGUAUGUGCUGCUGUCUAAGCGCUAUCGCCACAGGAGGGCAGCCUGGUUCUUCAUCUGGAACAGGAACAGAGUGCAGCCACAGGUCACCAGUGUCACCACUGACAGCGUUUAGAUCCCGCUGCUUUGAUCACUGACUCCUAACACCCACCCAUAAUAUUUUUACAUAUUUUUUGAGACAUUAUUAUUUUGAGAUAAUAAAGAAUCUCAUCAGGACAGGUCAACACUAAAUAAACCUGAAAGAUGCUAAACAUAUUCUUCUUUGCAACAAUUUGCGCAAUUUAUCUAACUUUUAGGAGGCGUUUUGUUUUUUAUUGCUGCAGAGUUGAGCAGUCCCACAGGUUUGAAUUAAAACACGUGACACCUUUCAAAGUAUUGGUAUUGUGUUUUGUUGGUGGACCAAUUUUGUCCCGCAUAAGCAUCAUCAACAACCUUUUAAUGCAAACCUUCAGUUGUGGCUAAAUGUGUAAAUGAUGGAAAAUCCUUUCUUUAUAAAACAGUUUUUAUUAUUUACCACAGAAAACAUUUUUAUGAACAAAAACACAGAGAAACAAAAGCUACAUUUGCUAGAAACUGUAAAAUACUAGUUGUUCAAGUCAGCACCUGAUAGGCUAUUAAACCAAAAUAAAUGCUUUGGUAAAGAGACAAAUGUUUACCCCAAGGAAGGAAAACUGGAAUCUCUUUAAAGGACAAAUUUCUUCUAAAUAGCAGAAAACAACGGUGUGGGAUUUGCUGCCUCUGCAGAAGAGGACCGUUAAACGUGAGCUGUAUUAAAUUUCAUGAAGAGUAUGAUAAAACUGCAGGCUAAGCUGCAGCCGCCCAGCUUCAUGAUUGAGCCGUCAAAGUGACAUUUAAACAACCCUGCACGUAAUGACAAGAUAACCAUCCAUAACGGUGUACUUUCAGAUGUUUCUGUUUUAUUGUUUAAAUUGGUCUAAAAGAAACAAGUUGGUCAUGAAAUUAGAGAGAAACAGUUUAAAGGUAAGGAUGGAAGAAGAUUAAUUUCUACACACACACACACACACACAUAUAUAUAUAUAUAUAUAUUAGGGAUGCACCAAUACCACUUUUUUCCAAAUCGACACGAUGCCGAUACUAGAAUCUGAGUACUCUUGGAUACCGAUUACCGAUACUUCUGCCACACACACACACACACACACAAAAUGCUAUGAAUUGGAAUACAGGUUUUAUUUUCUUCUCCGUUUUCAACAGGAAAAGACUGUAAGGUAGAUAAAAAUAAAUGUAUUUACAGAAAUGAUCACACAAAUAAAAUAUUAAGUGAACAGAAAUGACAAGUUGCAGCGAAGCCACUUUCAGGCCACUGCAUAGGUAUCGGUUCCUGGUAUCGGUUAGCUUUUACCGAUACAGAUACUCGUACAGUGUCGGUGCAUCCCAGUAUGUUAUACAUAUGUAACAUAUUGCAUGAUGCUGCACAGAAUACGCUGAUUAAACUGGACCUUGGUCAAACUUAGAAAACAGAACAUUAUGUUUUUUUUUCUUGCUUUUGGGGCAUCUCUAACAAUAAUGAUUAAUAAAUAACCCUAAAAAGGUUAAAAUGCACAUCAGAGUGCUACAAAGUGCUUUUUAGACUCUUGACCAUCACAAACGAACGCACGUGAGUUGUGCACACUUUAGUUUUGUGAAUAUGCUUUAGUAGAAUACAGAAAAUCUACUUUCUUAAGAAGUCCAAUCUUUAACAAUGACAAUAUUAAUGCAGUUUAAAGUUUAACAUCCUGAAACCCUUUUCAUUUAUUAGAUUUUCACUCUGAUGUGACCUUAGUAACUUUUUGUAAGUUGAUUUGUAUAUAGUAAACUUCUGAUUUCAUCCACAGAUUGAUCUCACGCCUGACAUUCAUCCAAAUGUAUUUUUUGAAUUCUACGGAGACCGCAUUCUUGACACGCUCCGUGUGUUACUCAAUGUACAUAGCUGACAGAAAAUAGUUGUGGCCACACAUUGUCGGAUCAGAGAGCUCUUGCUAUGAGCUAAUCGCUCCAUGUGCCACACAGGCAGCGUUGAAGGAGUGUUGUCUGUGUAUUUAUAGGAGUCUCUAAGGUUCUAGCACAGGGGUUGCACUUUGGAGACGGAUUCAGUUACAGCUCCAGUGAAGGAUAAAAAUAAUUCAUCUAUUCAGACACAAACAUGAGUAUAAAGUCACUGUAUGAAGCCAUAGGCAGGGAUUGUUAAGCUGUAUUUCAAAUUAUUUAAGCAGCUGUGGCGAUUUGUUUCAGUGAGCUGUCAUCAUUCCUAAAAUAGCUCACCCCCUUUACCCAAACAAGCGCUCCAACAUGAGAUGGCAUUCAGGGAAAACACUCAAAUUUGGUGUUUUCCCACCUAAUUUUAUUUUAGAAAGAAGACUCAGUUUGGAAGAUUUAUUUUCGGUUAUGCAAGCUAACAACACGUGGUGCGGACGGUCAGCACCGGCUCCGGUGUGACCCAGCAGAACAGCUCAGCGGGUGUGUUUGAACUGCAGAGCUUACUGUAACACGGCGGUACAUGACAGGUGAGGUGAAAAAAUAAAAAGCUCAACGUUAACACUGAGUAAACUGAGCUUCAGAACAAGCGAGGCCUUGUGAGCGCCAGUGUAAAUGUGGUACUUUCUACAAAACAAAUAAUCUGAAAAAGUGAAAUUCUGCGCUCACUUCAAAUCACUCCUGCAGUUCUGUGUGUAGGCAGAACAUUUCUGAUGAUUUCGCUGCACAUGCAUCUCUAAAGCAACGUCGUUUCAUGAGACCAAAGCCCUGAUGUUCUACUGUGACAGAUGUGUAAACGACAGUAACAGCAGACAGGGAUAUCAUCUGCUGGUUUUUAUUUUUAUUUAUUGUUGAGGCGUGUCAGUUCCAUGACACGAUCCUUUGAAACCUUCUUCUAAGCACAUCAAGAGAAGCUGGAAAUGCUUUCAGAUUUAUGACGCUGCUGCACCAACACAAGCUUACCAACCUAUUUGUUUUACUAGCUUCAAUAUUUCUUUAAAGUGGGGCGUUGCGCUGAAUUAACAUCUUACCUGUUGUAAAGAGCUCUUUGGACAAAUAAAAUAUGGAAAAAUAGAGAUGAAGCUCUGGUGGAUUGAUGUGCUAAUGGCUAGUCACAUAGUACAUUGAAACAUCUCUAUUCUCAAAAUGUCAAGGCAGUUCAUGCAAACAUGGUUUAGUAGACCUCUACACUGCCAGGAAUUUGCCAUUAGUUAAUUUUACAUUGUGUUAUGUAAAAGUUAGGUAACACUUUAGUUUAGAGAACACAAAUUAACCAUUUAAUUUAAUAAACCAUCUGCCAAUUAAUAUGCAUAUUAGUGGACUACUACGUCUGAAUUAGCCAUUAUUAAGCUAUUAUCAGGUGCUUAUUGUGAUUCUAAUAGUACAGGCCAUAAAUGAAAAGUUUUAUCUAAAUAAGCCAUUCAUAACGGUUUGUUAACUGAAAGUAAAUGGUUUGUUGUUUUGGCGUGGAAUACUCUACAUCCAGAAUGCUAGAAGAACUGUGUUGGUGACCGGCUAUUUUAUGGUCCUAUAUCAUCACAAACAUCUUGACUUUAAAGAGUAGACAGUAGAGUAAGUCCUUUCUCACUGGGUCAACCCAAUUUAAGGUGUCUGCAGUGGUGUUGCGCGAUUAUCACAAAUGAGACGCAUGACAUAAUGUGUGGCAGAACUGUCAGGAGGGAGUCAAGAGGGCCCCAUUAGAGAGGGUUGGAUGCUUUUCACUCUGCCACUGUUGUUGUGGUUCUGACUUUAAAGUUUGUUGGCACUAUAGGGCCCCCUUGUGGAUUAGAGGCCCCAUGGCAUUGCCUGCCCUGCUUGCCAGCCCACUGCGUCUCUGGGUGUCUGCAACAGCCAACUGACACGUAGCCAAGAGGUCUUGUGGGUUCAAUAAAAUUACUCCCAUUUUUCUUUUCUUAAAAGUUUAAAAUUAACUGCUAGCCUCAAUCGAUGCUCAUUAACUGCCAGCCAUUUCCUGAUCGGUAAAGCCCUUCGCUGCCAGCGUUUCCCACAGUUUUUACUUUUUUUUUUAAGAGUCACAGAACAUUGCGCGCUAGGAUGAUGCCAGCGCCAAAACAACCAAAACAAAGCGGAGACUCACCUCUUACAUCAGGAAGAAUCUGCACGUUUCAAGCGUUAUCCGUUCUUUCAUAAUCCGUUGUUGAAUUGUGACGGCAGAAGCUUUUCUGGUUCGUGCCUCACUUUUUUUUUUUACAGCAGCGGCCCAAAACGAUCUUCUAACACAUGGAUUUUCUGCUUCCUGAUCACGUGACGUGUGACGUAUGCGGAUGAAGAUCGGCUUUAGAGCUGAGAUGUUUGUUCUCGCGGUGCGGGGGCUCGUUCCGAUGCCCAAACAGUAAAAAAAUGCAAAUAAUAAUAAUAAUAAUAAUAAUAAUAAUAAUAAUACAUUUAAUUUAAAAGCGCCUUUCAGGACACCCAAGGUCACUUGACAGAAAAUACUUCAUAAAAUACAAUAAAACAAUAAUAAAACCCAAACAAGAAAAAACAAAGAGAGAAACAGUUCAAUAAAAUCAGAGGUUGUAGGCAGAUUUAAACAUGUGUGUUUUGAGUUUUGUUUUGAAAAGGGUAAAACUGUCGAUGUUCCUGAUGUCUGGGGGAAGUGAGUUCCAGAGACGAGGAGUAGAGCGGCUGAAAGCUCUGCUCCCCAUGGUAGCGAGACGGGCAGAAAGAACCGCAAGAUGGAUGGAAGAAGAAGAUCUGAGAGAAUGGGAUGGGGUGUGAAUACUUAUAAGGUCUGAGAUAUAUGGAGGAGAGAGGUUGUGGAUUGCUUUGAAGGUAUGGAGGAGAAUUUUGAAGAUGGACCUGAAUUUCACUGGGAGCCAGUGAAGCUGCUGGAGAACCGGGGUGAUGUGGUGAAAGGAAGGGGUUCUGGUGAUAAUACGGGCUGCUGAAUUCUGGACCAGUUGCAGUUUAUGAAGGAGUUUGUUGGGGAGACCAUAAAGAAGUGAAUUGCAAUAGUAGACGGCUUUAGUCGUCAUUGGCAGUGAAUGAGUUAAUACUGAUUCAAGUUGGUCACCCCAACACAUCACCCUCAGCAAAACAGUCACAAUUUACAGAUAUGUAUCUGCAAUACCAUGUGGAAGUAUCUGUGAGUCAUUCAAAACAUGUAUUCAGAGACAUAAUCUUUCAAGAAUAGUACCAAUCCAGAAUUCUGGCAUGAAAGGAGGUUGAU